GCCAGGCAGUCAGGGACAAAGGGAGAAAGCCAGAGCUUCUUGCAGCCAACGAGCAGGAGCUGCUGCUGAGAUCACUGGGAGCCCUCCUGCUACAGCAGACUCCUCCAGCACCAGACCAGGUAAAACAUCACAAUGAAGGUGGCAGUUCUUUGCUUAUGCCUCAUCAGCAUUGCUGCUGCAUGGCCGAUUAAAUCCAAGCAGCAUGCCAUUUCUGCCAGCUCUGAAGAAAAAUACGACCCCAGGGGCCAUCACUUGCACAGACAACACCACGACCUUGUGAAUUCUCACUCUCAAGAGCUCCUGCAGCACCCGCAGGAUGACCUGGCAUCACUUCAGCAGACUCUUUACUCUUCAGAAGAAAAUGCUGAAAAUGUCCCGGUAAAACCGCACCUUCCUGACGUGCCAAGCAAGAGCCACGAGGCUGUGGAUGAUGACAACGAUGAUGACGAUAAUGAUUCCAAUGACACCGACGAGUCUGAUGAGGUUGUCACAGGCUUUCCCACAGACGCGCCAGUAACGGCACCCUUCCCUCCCUUCCCUUUCACCCGUGGGGACAACGCGGGCAGGGGCGACAGUGUGGCAUACAGGAUGAAGGCCAAAGCCAGCAUGGUGAAAUCGAGCAAGCUCCGCAAAGCUGCCAGAAAGCUCAUCGCAGACGACGCCACAGAGGAAGAUGAGAGUGCCCUGCAUGGGGACAGCCAGCAAGUGGGGCUAUGGCAGCAGGAACUGGCUGCCCACCGUGCCCCAGGCAAGCGCACUGUCAGUGGAGAGUGGCUGGACAAGAGCCAUGAGCGGGACAGCAGCGAGCUCACCCACCACCAGAGCAUGGAAAAUGACAGCCGUCAGAAAUUUGACAGCCCUGAGGUUGAGGGAGGUGACAGCAAGGAUGGUGCCAGAGAUGGCCGCCACAGCAUGGAGAGCAGGGAGAGACGGGUCAGCGCAGCCGCCAGCAUCCCCACCAUUGAUGACACCAGCAACCAGACGUUGGAGAGUGCUGAGAAUGCUCGAGAGCAUCACAGCAUUGAAAACAACGAAGUCACAAUUUAAGUGGAAUCUGGUGUGUUCCUUCUUUCUGUAAUUUCUGCCAAAGUGUGGGGCUGGGGGAGAGCAGAUCUGCUGUGGUAUCUGUAAAUGCAGAGCGCGUGGCAAUGCUCGAGGUGGGGCGCACUGCUUCCUGGGCACCCAGCCAGGCUGUGGCGGGGUGCUGGCGAGCGGUGUCUCCGGGGGAUGCUGCGCAUCCUACUGCCUGUGUAUAUUUUGUAACCGGAUUUAAAUAAAAUCACGAAAAACCCA